GUGGCCAACUGAGAUUUGGGGGGAUUUUUUAUAAUUCUCCAGCAAAGACAAGCACAAAACUCAAAACAAUUCUGGCAUAUUUAGCAUUUGUGGAGCAAGUAAAUUAUUUAAAGUUGUCAGCGAGAAUUUAAGAUGGCACACACGAGUAGGAUCUUUGCUAACAUCACAGCUUCUCUAUGGGGGCCCUCCUGCUACAUAAAACCACCUGUGGGGUCCAGCGAGGCAACACAAGCAUGUGCAGGAUGCGCACAACCAAGAUCUCCGAGCGUAUCUCGACUACGAUUCCUCCGCACGACGCACAUCAACGACGGUCAUCCGGGACUCGCCAUGUCAGCAGCAAGAGGACGUACAGAUCGACCACAGCCCGCAGAACCUCUAAACUUGAACCACUAUGCCACCAAGAAGAGUAUAGCAGAGAGCAUGCUGGAUGUGGCGCUGUUGAUGGCGAACGCCGCUCAGCUGAAAGCCGUACUGGAGCAGGGCCCUGAGUUCAAGUACUUCCUCACCGUCAUCAUCCUCAUCGCCGCGUCACUCUUCUUCCAAGUGCUCGCAGGUGCUCUCUUCGUCAACAUGGCACGCAAAAACCUCAAUGAUGUGGCCAAUCAGAGACAGCUGGACAUAAUGAAUAAUGUGGCCACAGGGCUGGUGUUUCUCACCGUCAUCAUCAACAUCUUCAUCACCGCUUUCGGAGUGCAGAAGACAGGUCUCUAUCCGAAACAGUAGCCUGUAUAGGGGAUUCUGCCUUGAAUAUGUUGAAUAUGCAUGCUACAGUAAAAGCUAAUUGAGUUUGAAUCAAUCUUGUGACUGUUUCUUUCGUGUUUUUAAUGCUUAUAAUGAAGGUCACAUCCAUUCAUGAAAGACUUCCUCCGGACUUUGAUAUUUGAUAUUUAAAAGACACGAUUAUUUCUCUUUUUUUAUUUAUUUCUUAAGAGGGCAUUAUAUUAUAAACAGUCUAUAAACACUCAUUUAUCCUAGACUGUCCAGUGAUUUCAUAUUGCCUAAAAGCAAAACUUAUGCAUCAUCUAAUAAUUGUUUUCUAGAUUCAUCCUGCCAAUUGUAGCCUAAAUGUUAAUCAUAAAAACAAUAAACGUUUAU